AUGGGGGAGGGCCUCUGUUCCCCAAAGGUGCGUCCGCCGCAGGGCGGUGGCAUCGUCCCAAGGCUGCCCCCGGCGCGGGCGGCCCGGUCUGCGUGGCGAGCGCGCCAGUUGCCCCCCGCAGCCUUGGCGGCGGCCAGAGAGCCAGAGCUGCCUGAGUCCCCAGCUGCGGAGCCCGCGUCCCCGCCCGCCUGCCGCCAACCCACCCGGAGCGGCGGCGCGUGGGGCGCAGGCCGAGGCCGUGCCCACCGCUGCCUGGGCAUGCGCGAGGAGCCCGUCAGCGCCUGGUGGGACGAGCCGCUGGCGGCCCGAGCGCCGAUGCCGGCCCAACCACAGCAGGGCGUGCGCUGCUUCCGCGGCCGCCUGGCCCGGGACCGCGCCGCGCCCACCGACCCCGUCUUCGGCUCAGGCUUGGCAGCCGGGCUGGUGCCUGCCAUCCUGGAUGCAGAGGGAGCAGAAAGCCGGUCUGGAACCCUGGAGAGCAAGGCAGCCCAGGAGAGGGCGCUGAUUUGGGGAGGAGAGGGCGCUGAUUUGGGAACACUAGACCCAAGAGGGCACCUCACAGGACAGAGUGAGAAGGCGCUGAAGUCAGCAGUGGCCGCCAGGACCACCGAGCUGCUGGCCAGGGAAGCAAAGGCCCUGCUGCGUACUCUCGCAAACCCCACCCAUUUUGUGGCCCUCAUGGUGACCUAGCCUGGGCUACAGGCAGUUGCCAAGGCCCAGCAACACCUGGUCCAAGUCGCUCCAUCCUGUGCGUUGCUGGUGCCCACACAGGCCCUGCACCCGACGCUGGCCCUGCUGCAGCUCUCGGGCCCUGGGGAGGCGGCAGCCGCCUUUGCGGCUCUGAGACAGGCCCUCUUGGUCCCAGAGCUUCAAGGCCCCCAGCUGAGGUUCAGGGACCUGGUACUCCGGGGCUGUCAUGUGCUUUAUGCCCCACCCUCCCCCCCACUGGAAAGCAUGGCAAGUGCUGACCCAGGGGCGGAGGGGGGCUGUGUGUGCUACAGUCCGCAGGGGGUGCACCCCCACCUCCCACUGGCCAAGGUGCCCCAUGGUUCCCAAGUCUACCUCCCCAAGCCUGGGUUAAGCCUGAUUCAGGAAGUGGGGAGCCUGCCCCUGGGGAAAGCCUGGCUGUGCCCUAUGGGGAGGACAGGGGGCACCUACCGGCCGCUGAGAUUCCCCUGGAGUGACACUCCCAGACCUGGAGGGGCCAAACUGGAUCCAAACACCCCAAGGAGGAGAGACAGUCCAAGCAGGAAGGACAAGUGA